CGCGUCACCUCGGCGACUUCACUUCCCGUUUGAGUUCCCAUGCUUGUUUGGUGGUUUUUCGGGAGGCUAACACGUCCCUGUCGCAUUUCAAUUUGUUGCAGUAAAUCGGAUCAUGGCCAAAGAUAAAUCUCUGAAAUCAGCCUCAGAUCUUUCUAAGAAGAAGAAGAAGAAGCUAGGUUCAAAUGAGGUCGAUGUAAAUAUAGAAGACACAAUGGAUGUUGAGGUAAAGGGGAAAAGAAGAAAGAAGGAGGUAGAGGAGGCUCCGGAAGAAAUUCCUCAGGAAACCAUCACAGAUGAGAAAAAACAGAAGAAGAAGAAGAAGAAGCUGAGUUUAAAUGAGGUCGAUGUAAAUAUAAAAGACACAAUGGAUGUUGAGGUAAAGAGGAAAAUAAGAAAGAAGGAGGUAGAGGAGGCUCCGGAAGAGAAUCCUCAGGAAACCAUCACAGAUGAGAAAAAACAGAAGGGGAAAAGAAGAAAAAAGAAGGAGGUAGAGGAGGCUCCGGAAGAGAUUCCUCAGGAAAUCACAGAUGAGAAAAAACAGAAGAAGGAGAAGAAACGCAAAAAGAAACGAGCGGCCGAGGAAGCACAGAUUUCAGAUCCACCCAGUCCCGCCGAGCCGACACUUGAGCUGGAGGGUGAGGAGGACCUGAGUCCCGAAGAGAAGCGGGUGAUGGAGAGGAAGAUGAAGAAGAUCCUGAAAAAGGAGGAGAAGAAGAAGCUAAAAGCUGAGGGAGAGACCGAGAAGAGAACUGAAGAAUCUGGACCCACGGCUCCUCAGCAAGCUUUACUUUACCUCACCUGCUGGGCUGAGAAGCGAGGAGAGUGGAAGUUCCAGAAGACCAGGCAGACGUGGCUGCUGCAGCACAUGUUCGACUCCGACAAGAUUCCAGAUGAGAAUUUCUCCGUGCUGCUUCAGUACCUGGAGGGGCUUCGUGGAGGAUCGAAGGACAUGACCGUGAAGAAGGCCUUAGCACUGGUAGAAGAGUCGGGACAAGCACCAGAGGACGAGGCUGUCCAGCAGAGGGCGCACAGAGCCAGAGAAGCUAUCCAGCUACUAACCUGACCCCGGACUACUCACAUUAAACAGAGAUAAGACUCAAGUCUGUUGAUCUAUGGACUGAUGAUUGGCUUUGAACUGUUGCUUUAUAUGUAUAAGUAUGUAAUUGUCCUUAGGGGGAAAGUUUUGAUUUAAUCACAUCAAUCGUUUAUAUUUGGAAAUAAGAAAUCCAAUAAGUUCAGUUAUGUACUUAAAAUACAAGUAUACCCUGGGGGGCAAAAGUGUAUUGUUUUUCUACCCUAGAUGUUAAGAAUUCAGAAGAUAUUGUCCAGUUUCACGAGUGCGUACAGGUGUAAACCCCAGAGGAUGAAACAAAAAGCUGAGAAACCUCAGGAGUUAGUGUGUCAGGAAUGUUUGUAGUCAAGACAUGUUUUUGCAUGCUGAGACGCUCAGCCAGUGGAGCCACUGAUGAGAGUAACUGCUUACACAUAUGCUUGGUAUAAACAUAUUGAGCCUAUUAUGUUUUUACAAAUCUCCUGUAACAAAAAAUCUGUACCUUUUUAGUCCCUGUUCAAAGUUUGUGCAUUUGAGGUUUGUCAUUUUUUUUACAAUGUUGUAAAACCUUUCCUAAAUGUAUAACAUUACACCCAAAUACAGUACGAUUGACAUUUAAA